GAGGAUUCUCCAAGAUCUCGCAGUCCGUUGCUACUUCCCUGGCUGUGGCCUGCCUUACGACCUUUCUCCAUCGCGGCAAGAGCACCCGAGUUUUCAAGAGGAUUCCGAGGCCGAACUUUGCCAGCACGCCGGAUGAAACCUACGAGACCUUCGUCGAGAAGGCGAAGCAUCUUGCCGCCAUGUCGAACGUCCAGACGCUGUAUGGUUCCAUCCUGGGUGCAGCCUUUGUGGCCGUUGCCAGUGCCAGCGCCCUGAGCUUCUCCGAGACGGUGGGCCCCGUCCUCAUGCUUGACAAGUUGUGCUUUGCCGUGGUUCUUCCCGUCCACCUUCUGCUUUGCCAACUAUGCGGAGGGCAGCUCACCACCAGCAACCUCUCCAUCCUCUCCAUUGGAGUCGCGCAGGGCCAGGUGCGCUUCAGGGAUGCGGUGCGAAACAUCGGCAUCGUGCUUGCCGGGAACGCCAUCGGAGUCCUUCUGAUCCUUGCUGCCGUCCGUUACUUGCAGGUCUUGGAUGCCUCAUCUCUCGCCGUGGCGGCCGUUAUGGCGAAGAGCAAGUGCGGCUACACGUUCGGCCAGACGGUCGUAAAGGCUUUCCUUUGCAACUGGAUGGUUUUCGUGGCAUAUUGGAUGGGGGUCAUGUCGAAGGACAUCAGAGGCAAGAUGACCGGAAUAUGGACGGGAGUUUUUAUGUACGCCGCGGUGGGCUUCGAGCACAUCGUGACGAACAUGUUCCUUCUCCCCGCGGCCGCUAUGGGUGGCACCCACUUCACAAUGCUCGAAAUGGCUCAGAAGAAUCUGAUCCCAGUCCUGUUGGGCAAUGUGGCAGCUUCCAUCGUGGUCGCCGGCGGAUCUUUCGGCGUUGCCUUCGGGCGUCUCUCAAAGCGGCUGCAAAUGAAGCCUCCCAGGAAGCUAAAAGUGUUUGUGGCCGGCGUCCGAGCAAGGAUGUGA